AUCGUCUGCAGCGCAAACGCGGGGCAGGUGGAAGUACUCAACAAGUUCGGUUGUACGCAUCGCGAAAGCUCGCGCGCGACAUGGCUCCUACGAUGAAAAAAGUUGCUAUAUUCGGAUCAACUGGUUUCACAGGACAAGCAGUGCUUGACUACGCCUUGAAGAAAGGGUACGAGGUGACUGUACUCGUGAGAGAUGCCUCUCGGCUGCCCAAGGAAACCACAGCUCAACACGUGGUUGUGGGUGACGUGUUGAAGAAGGAGGACGUCGACAAGGCUGUCAAGGGCCAGGAUGGCAUUGUGGUUGUCCUUGGCACAAGGAACGACACAAGCCCCACUACAGCUCUGUCUGAUGGGCUGAAGAAUAUCCUGCAGUCGAUGUCUGACCACGGGGUAAAGCGCAUCUCGGUCUGUGUAUCGUCCUUCCUGUUUUGGGAACGUGCCAAGGUACCGCCAAAGUUCGUACCAUUGACGGAGGACCACGAGCGCAUGUACGAAGCGCUCAAGGCCUGUGACCGCGAGUGGGUCGCCAUCUUUCCACCCCACAUUGCAGAUGAACCGGCACGGGGUGGCUACAAGAUGGUGAAUGACGCUCCGGUUGGCCGGGCCAUCUCGAAGUUCGACCUGGCUGAAAUCCUUGUCAAGGCCCUCACUAUGGAUGAGCACGUUGGCCACAGCGUUGGCAUCGGCUACCCAGCAGCCUGAGCAGGUCUCGGUGGCACACUUUGCUCCCGGAAGCAUUCCUCCCAUUUUCCUGGGCUCAAUUUACUCCCCACUGUAAUAUUGCACAUGUAAUGUUCAAACCUUCUUCCAUGGUGUGGGUGCAGUUGUUGUGCAGAGAAAUAUUUUUCGAUGUGUGUCUAUAACAUAACCUGGUGUUAUACCAAGCACCAGGUUGUGUUAACAACCUGGUGUUGGUUUUCCAUCCUGGUGUUAACAGCGCAAGAACGUAGACGAGACACGAGACGAGAAGACGACUCGUCUCGUGUCUCGUCUACGUUUCGUCGUCCUCUUGUCUCGUGUCUGGUCUACGUUUUUGCGCUGCUAACACCAGGAUGGAAAACCAACAAGCCCAAGCUGCUAUUCUAUAUAACACAACAUUGUUUGUGCUGCCAUUAUGCUUAGGUAUGGUUAUCUGUCCCAGUGGUAUAUUUAGCUUUUCCUGCAUGACGUGGCUACAGCCAUCCAAAGUGCCAGUACAAUAAAAGGCAUGUCCUCCUACUUAAGGAUACUCUUUGUCAAACCUGUGUUGUUUAUUUUAUAUGUUCGCAUGGGGUGGCUUGGUUUGUGAGCAUGACGGUAUUAUACAAUUAUAUCUCUUUAUUUUUUUAGUUGUUCGCUUAUUCUUGGCCCAAUUUUCAGCUACAGUGGGCUUGGGUAUCAGUAGAACUGGGAUAAACUGAACUGGAGUAUCUCUAAAAUUGGGACAAAAUCAGGGCAGGAAAAAGACAUAAAAUUGUGACAAGUUCCUGGACAAUUCCUGGAGCACUGAAUAGGUUCAAUUUGUUUUUUCGUAUGUAUUAAAUUGCUUAUCAUGCUCUGCCAGCCAACAAGCAUGCAGCUCUAGUCUCUACCAUUGAAGGAAAUUGUUAAGAGCAUCUCGAGCGUCUGCUCACAGAGUCUGCGUCUUUGUUGAGAUUCUUGAAGUUAGAGAAUGGGCACUCUACUUCUACAGACAGAAGAGGUGAAAAACCCGAGAGCUCAUUCCGAGUCCUACUCGUGAUCGCAAUUCGGUGUUCCUACAAGUGCACCCAUUGGAUGUCGGGAGUCUUUCUCGUGCGACUUUGGAAAGCUUUGCUUUGGCCGGAUCGUCCAACUUUUCUGCUACAGAAUUCAAAGUUUAAAGCUGUGCCUCUGCAUCAAGCCCCGCUUUCGAGCCUCCCAAUUGCACUCGGUAGAAAUUCAUGCAACUCAAUGUUGUAUAGCUCGCGAUGAAGUGCGUUGCUGGUUAAACUUUCUCGCAGCCCCCUCAUAGCAGCAGUUGUCAGCUUCAACAUUUUUUCGCAAAGUUUCAUACCUUGCCGUGUUUUUCUGCGUGUUAUGUGGCUGCUCGUAAGAAUGCUAGGAGCCAAGGUGUAGGGUGCAAGGAACACAGAGAUACUGCUUUUGUUUCACGUAUAUGGGAUAUAUAAACUGAGCUGUGCUCAAUGUACGGAUAUAUAGAAUAUAUGGGCUAAAGGUGCAAUUUGUAAUCUUCCGGGACAUCCAAUGUGAAUUUGGCACAGUUUGGGAUAACAAAGUAGCCGGAAACAAUGUGCAGUCUGUUUGGUAGAUGUUUGUUUGUAACCGAUGCUAUCAUCUAUCUGGACAUUGGUUGAAAACGGUACAGGUCUUGGAAAUCCCAACUCUAGUCGUCGCUAAGCCUCAAUUUGCAUAUUACAAGCUAAUGAUGUGCUAUGAUGUUGUGUAUCCAUGUGGCUGCCCUGUAGCUCAUUGUAUUUCUAAUUUGGUCUAGGAAUGAAGUGUUACUUUCACUCAACUCUCGCUUCAAAUGCACAGAUGCACGAUGCAAAAUCUUUUUAUACGCAACAGUGUUGAUCUUGUAGCGACAAUGAUAAAGUUAUUGCAUUUGAAAACUCCCAGAUCAUCUUUCAAAUUUUCCAGGCUCAUUCUGUGAACCUUUUACUGAUGCCGAUAAAUGCUGUUCCAUUGAAUACAUAUUGUUCCUAGAUUUUUCUCCCUCAGUGCACGUCUAUAUGUAAAGUGACUGUGCCAAAUCCAGUAACGUAAAUUCUCAGAUGUUGUUAAAAACAAUGAUUCUUGACAAAAUUUUCAAGAGAUGGAGCGGUAUUUAGGCCUUUCUGGCAAUUUAUUUUUACUACUGUGAAGUGGAGCUGCGUGUGUUAAUAACACUGGCAUGUUUGCCAUUCUUUUAUACCAUGCCCUUAAUGGCAACUUGCUGGAGCAUGGGCAAAAGUUUGGUGAGCUUGUAAAUCAUUGCAUAAAUAAGCAGGGUGGAAGACCUGUUUGUCUCUUUCUAUCUUGAGGACAUCUUCGGCACUGCUGGAGCAUUGCUGCUUCGUGCUGCAGCACGAUUGCAAUGCAUAUUAAUUUGCUGGCAUUAGUGCACGUGUAUUUUUAGUGUUGCAUCGAGUGUCUUUACUUCUCGAGCAACAGGCAUGAGCACAAUUUCAGUGAGUGCAAUAUUACCCAUGCUUGUGUUUAAUAAACAGCUCGAAACACUGA